GCUUCCCGAGGGCAGUAAGGCUGCGAUGGCGAUGAAAGCGGCUGAGGGCAAGGCAGCAUCAAGCGAUCAAACCAGGGAUGUACCUGCUUAGCCCAUCAAACGAUGAGGACUGCCGCGGGAUUGGAACCGACCAGGCGUCAGCCGCUGCUCGAGUUUCUAGCGAAAGAUCUCAAAGAUGGAGCUAUCCAGGGUCGCUUCCAUAAGGAAGCCCAGCAGGCUGGAAGAGAAGGAAACGAUGAAGAGAAAACUACAGAGGUGACAACCACGACUGUCGUGACAACUGUCACCGAGAAGGAGGGCUCAGUUGAGAUCGACGACGAACUGGAAUACGAAGAGAAAGCCGCGGACACGCAGCAGACGAGUGAGACUACUGUCACGACAUCUAGCGGCGAGGAUGGCAAGCAGGUGGAGACGUCCGUUCAGGUCGAAACUACAACGCAGAAAGGCUCCACCGAGGAGGAAGAGGAGGAAGAGGAGGCGGUGACCACCGUGACGAAGACGACGAAGACGACGACGAGCGGCGAAGGUGAAAAGACGACGGAGGUCACCGGUCAGCCGGGGACGGGAGAGACGACGACGACGAAAACGACAAAAACCAUCACAGGCGCCACCACGCAAGUGAUAGAGGGCGGCACCGUCGAGGUAGAGGUCACGACGAAGGAGGGCGGAUCCAAGAUGGACGAGGCCGAAGAGAUUAUUAAAACCAUCGAGUCAGUAGAGCAGCAGAUGCCAGAGGCAGAGAUUACCUUCGACGUGACAGAGGGUGAGGUGACAACAGACACGGUGACAGAGACGCCUGCUCACGUGGAUCAGGAGACUGUUGAGGUGACGACGACAACGAUGACGACGGUAAAGGAGCAGAAGACCGUCGUAGCUGGGGAGGUGAAGCCAGCCGAAGUCAAGCCAGAAAACUAA